AUGGUUUCAGAAGCUUCCUCCAUUCCACUGAUUCCGCACAUCCACCUCCUCGCCCUCCAAACGUCCGCCUCAGAAGCCUUAAAAGAAGCACUCAACCACUACAACUUCACAGACCAAAUCUCUUACACAAUCCACAACACCGCACUCUCCCAACUCUCCCAUGACAUCACCUUCGACCUCAUCGUCUCCCCCGCAAACAGCUACGGCAUCCUCGACGGCGGCUUCGACGAUGCCAUCUCCCGCGCCUGGAGUCCCAAGAACAACUACAUCGCUUUAACUCGCCACGUCCAAGCCGAGCUAUACCAAGCAUGUCUAGGCUUCCUGCCGCCAGGAAACUGCCACAUCAUCCGCAUGGCAGACGAAUGGAAGGGAGCACUGAGAUACGAAAAAGACGGGUGGGGCGCGAAGUACUUGGCACUAUGUCCAACUAUGAGAGUGCCGAGUGAUUGUAGGUGGGACCGCGAGGUGGUGUAUGAGUGUAUCUGGGCACUCCUCAAUGCUAUUAAGAAACAUAACGAUUCCCUUCCAAAAGUAAGUGCGGAGGCACAUACGAGUAGUGACAGUGCUACUGGCGGUAUCGGAGAUGCAGCAAGUCCUAUAAAAAGUAUACUCAUGACUCCUCUCGGAACAGCGACCGGGAAAGCAAGCGAUGAGCGAUGGGCGAAGCAGUGUGUUUUGGCCAUGAAGCAUUAUUUAGAAGCAGUCGGUGAAUCUGAAAAGUGGCAGAAGUUGAAUUGGCCGGAAGCAGGGAGGUUGAGCUUGGAGGUUAAGAGGACGCAUGGUCUGUGA